AUGCCUCUCACAGAUAUUUUCUAUGAUUACGUUGAUAAGGGCUUGUUGCUCGGUUUCAUAGAGAGAUGGCACUUUGAGACAAGUAGUUUCCAUGUCCCUGUAGGGGAGAUGUCGAUCACUCUUGACGAUGUCUCCACUUUACUUCACCUUCCAGUACUAGGACAAUUAUGUGAUUUGGAGGAGUUGGAGUUUGAGGAGACUCGUACAACCCUUGUAGAACUGCUCGGCAUUGAUGGUGGCGCAGCUGGUGUUGAGACGGAGGAUGCACAUGGUCUGAAAGUCAGACUCAGCUGGCUAAGAGAGAUAUAUGUUCAGAGAUGUAACGCGUGUGGUAUAUAUGCUUGGAGUGUUCCUACACUCGCCCAUUUGUACGACCAGCUCGGGGGAAUGCGAAGUUGGACAUACGAGUAUUUUCCUACCAUGGGAAGGAGGAGGUUGGUGUCUUCUUAUGAUGAGACCACACCACGUGCGGCUAGGUGCAGAGCCCUCGGCAGAGUUCGACUCUUGCGGAGAUUCGGUCGCCAGUUGGAUGGCCUGACAUACAGUGGAGUUGUAUGGCAUCCAUAUGAGGGACAUCGGGGCAUUCGUCCAUUCUUUGGCAUUGGUAUGUAUUCUGAUGGAUUGGAUUAG